AUGGAGCCCAACGCCCUUGAUCAGCUCCGGAGGCACCGCCGCUUCGCUAUCCCCCUGCAUCUGGAUGUAGUCGCGGAUGGACUGGCGAAGCGUCUUACGCCGGAUCAGCUUGCAAGUAUCCAAAGCGAGAUGAGUGCUAGUGCGGCUCGCGCAACCUCAGCGGCAGCGGCGGCUCUACGUCCCGCCCAGAGUACCGCCCGCGCAGGUGCCAACGCCGCCACCAUCAGCACUACGGUCCGAAGCGUCGUUUCAACCUUCUCCGCGGUGCCAAACUUCACCGUCGGCCAACCCCUCGCAAACACACCCAGUACGACGCCGGUCCCAGUGCCCAGCUCGUCCUCGGUCGUACCCUCAUCAUCCAGCACAAUUCCUAGCUCUUCCGCCCGAGCUAUCCCCUCAUCAUCAUCAACUACCCCCAUCCCAUCCUCAUCCGCCACUCCCACGAGCACCCUCCCCCAGGUCAUCACCCGCACCACCCCCAUCACCUCCGUCUUGGACGCCCUCCCCUCUGCCAGCGCCGAAGCUGCCAACUCAUCCUCGUCAUCAAGCUCAAUGUCCACCGGUACUGUCGUCGGCGUCGUUCUCGCCGUACUCGUUGGUGUGGUCAUCCUCGGCUCCUUCGCCGGAUGGCUGUACCGCAAGUUUGCUCAGCGGGGCUAUCAGACCGACUCGCACUGGCGCAAGCUGGACGAGGACGUCACGCCGUUCCCGCAGGAGAAGGACGAGUACAAUGAUGACAUCUACGGAGGGGCAGCCGCGCCAGUCAUUGGGUCCCGGCGGGCAUUGGCGGAUCACGCCGGUCGGGACGCGUCGUACCCCUCAUCUAGGCCGAUGACCGAGUACGGGUCGAACCGGGCAGGUCUCGGGUCGGGACCGGACAUGUACGGUGCGCAUGCCGCGGGCUACCCCGCGCCGGCGGCUACAUGGGGCGUCGACGCGCAGGGCAGGCCGUAUAAUGGUCAAGCCGGUCGCGUUCCUACCCACCCGUACCAAGACGAGUACGAGUACGGGAGCGACCGCCACUCCCCUCCUCCUCCCCCGUCUACACGUCAACUCGUCGGUCCCGGUCAACUUCCCCAGCCCGAGCUCAUGCCUGUUGCUCUCGGCCGCCCUGCCCCUCCUCGGAGCUACAGCGACAUUGCCUUCCGCGAAGACUUUGCCGACGAGCCCAUGACCGCUGGGAUGCCGUACGAACCCAUGACGGCGCGGACGAACGAGUGGGCGGGAUCCGCCCAGCACCAACCGAUGGCAGCACAGCAGUCUCGUCGGAUCUCGGGCACCACCCACGCGUCUAAAUCACCCUCUCCUCCUCAGCCGGCUUCCCUCCCCCUCCCCACCUUCGCACCCCUCUCGCCCAUGGACUCGUCGUUUGCCUUCCAGCGCCAGUCGCAGCAGCCGAUGGCAAUGUACGAGAAUGAGCCUGCAAGGCAGAAGCAGCUGUACGGGGAAGUGGCGGCGUUUGCGGGGUUCGCGGAGCCCAAAACACCCCACUCGGCCGGGCUGGACCACAGCGUCUCGUCUAACGGGACUUUCAAUACCGGGACCACCCACUCCUCCUUCUCCGCCACGGAGCACGGGGUCCGGCUUCCCGCUCAACCACCCGUCCCCGCUAUCCCGUCCUACCUCUCCAUGCCUGCCCCGCCAUAUGAGCACGGUCGGCCCUUAUCGGCCGUCGAGGAAGUCGCCACUCCCUCCACCUUCCGCUCGACCGCGCAGCCCCUCCCGUCCUCGUCUAUCGGUCUCGGCGGCCACGCGCGCGAAGUCAAUCCCUUUGAUAAUCUUCCGGUACCUCGGACGCUCGUGGCGCCGCACUCGGCCGCGUCUGGCUCAAGCUUCCCAUCGCCCCGAUUCCCCCCGCCCAGCCCGGGCGGGAUGAGCCUGCCCGGAAGCGUCUCGGAGAGCCCGAAGCGGUGGUCUGGCCAGGGCACAGGGAAUGUGGGGAUGGCGAGGAGGAGUCGAGGGGAGAGUAUGUUUGAUGGUGAUGAUGCGUAUGGUGGGAUCUAG